AAAGAGAGGGAGCUUUUUAAUAUUGCUGAAGAUGAUUCGUUAUGUAUGCGAUUCAAGUUUUGAGCGUGUGGAAGAUCAGAAAGCAGCGCGGCGCCGCAAGCAGUCUAUCAACUAACCAGUUUUCGGAUUUGCACUCAGUAUAAACAAGGCGGUCGUUGGAUGAACACACGAUCUGCGGAUCGAAAUUAAUAUACGAAAUCGAGACACUUGGGCGCGAUCGCGUCUUUUCUUUCUUUCCAUACGUAAUAAGCAGUUGACGUUCUUGCGCGUGUGUAUGAAGAAGAUCAUUAAUAAAAUAUUAUAAUUAUCAAAAGUCUAAAAAAGUUUGCUUAUGCUGUGGAAUCAAUAAAAAAAUCUCGUUUCUGAAAUUUACAUAUGCUUAUGAGUUGAAAUAAUAAUAAUAUUAUAUAUAAGAGCGAGUAAAGUGAUAGAAGUGUUAAAAGUUUAGAAGAAGUAAAAUUUGGUCAUUAAAAAGUAACCAAGCCACCUUCAGCGCACAAGUUCAUCUGUGCCACAAUUACCUCACCGUUAGAGUACGGCUACAACCAAAAAGUGAAACAUGCAUUUCCCCAGCAUAUUAUUGGCGGCUUUUUUGGCCGUGCAACUAAGUGAUCGCGCUCUGUGUCAACAACUGCCACCGCAAAAAUUUCAAACCCAUCCGACGCGCAUGAAUGUAACCAAUUGGAACAAUAGGCAUUACCGCACAUCAGCAGCUACGUCCAGAUCCGAUGAAAUGGCCAAUAAUUGUAAGGAUCUACUAACAAAUCUACAUGAUCGUGUAAGCGUGUUAGCAACACUAGAUGAGGAUCUGCGCAGACGUUUGGAAGGUAUUGAAAAUAAGAUGGGUCAAUUCGAAACAAAUAACAUGGGUCGGUUAGACUCCUUGGCUGUACAGCAAACCGACUUCCUCAAGCGACUCGACACUCUCGACUAUAUGGAACGCCAGACGAAGCGCAAUAUUGACGAAUUGAAAGGUGACUUGAACCAAGAGAGAAAAAAGGAAGAAGCAAUCGUUUUGCGUACCGCUCGGGAGACCAAUGACCGCCUGCCACAGAUGCUGUCAAGUGAUGUCAAACUUGAUUCUUUGGGAACUUUAUUGCUUUCGACGCGUUCAGCUGUCAAUGAAUUGAAUAACCAUCUGGAAUCGAAUAUUAGUAAAUUGUCAAACAUGGUGGCCCGCGGCUUUAAACACGUGCGACGCAACAAUCGUCAACCGACAAAUUUCUACGAUACCCGCCAGCCAACAGAGCCACUCAUUACCAGCUGUGCACAAGACGCUCCAACGUCUAAUGGUAUUUUGCGUCUGCAACUCACACCCGAAUCAGACCCCUUCUAUGUACGUUGCGAUGAUGAGCUAUUUGGUGGCGGCUGGACCCUUAUACAGAAUCGUUUCAAUGGUAAAUUGAACUUCUAUCGCGGAUGGCUCGAGUACCAAACUGGAUUCGGUAAUAUAGGUGGCGAGUUUUUUAUCGGCCUUGAUAAACUACACGCUCUCACUUCGUCAGCGGUGCAUGAGCUUUUGAUUAUGUUGCAAGAUUUCGAAGGCAACUCCCGUUAUGCACGUUAUAAUUUAUUUGCCAUCGGUAACGAGAAGGAGGACUAUGCGCUCAACUUGUUGGGAGAAUACGAAGGUGAUGCUGGCGACUCCUUAACCUAUCAUGCAGGUAGCAAAUUCUCCACCUUCGACAAUGACAAUGACGGUUGUGUUGACUGCAGUUGUGCUCAGUCCCGAAACGGUGCUUGGUGGUACAACUGGUGUGACAUGAGCAACUUGAAUGGAAAAUAUUUCGAAGAAAACUACAAUAAUACGCCGUUGUAUCAAGGAAUGUAUUGGGAUGGAUUUAGAGGACCCUCUUAUUCAUUGAGGGCUGUGCGCAUGAUGAUACGCCCAGUGAACGCUGACGGUGAUUUGCAGAGGAAGUAGUUUAUAUAAUUAAAAUGGGAAUUAAUUACCUAAAUGUAUGUGUACAUUCUCUGCAUAAUUGUACUUAGGCUCUCUAACUUAUGGGUGCAUGUACUUUUGCCAUUUACGAUUACUACAUUACUAUGGUAUUGUGUUCAAAGUCUCGCUCGUACGAAAAUAAAAAGUUUCUAAAUGUUGCCUUAUCGUCACAAAAUAUA